AAGAAAGUUUGAACAGAAGCGAGCGGCCGACCCGCUGAAUCCAUCGGUAAUCCACUUCCCCGUCGAGAUCAUGUCCGCCGGAAGUGAGAGGCCUUACGCCUUCGCGACGCCCUCGACGGUGCCGGUGGGCUUCUCCCGCGGCUCCGGCUCCGCCGCCGCCGCCACGGAUAGCGCCGGUAGGAGCUCCUCCUCCGGGGCGCCGACCAAGAGCAGGAAGCCGCCGUUCCGGCCCGCCGCGGACGACACCAAGCCCGUCCUCCGCGACCCGAUUUCACGGUCGGAUCCGGUGGAGACCGAGCAGGCCGUGCUGCGGCUGCCGCCCUUCCCCUGAAAUCGCCCCACCUCGUCAGUCCUGAUGGUACGAGUAUUCCAACUACUGCUAGCGUAUGUCUCCGGGUCCUAAGUUCUGCUUCCUAUGGAGUCGUUUCUAAUUCUGUAGCAUUCGCAGCGGUUAUGCUAUGGUUCAUCCUGUAGCUUAACCUUUAGCGCUAGCUACAUCAAUUGUAAGUUCUGUACCAUCAAUCGGAAGGAAUUAAAUGAUCCACUGUAUGACCAGGAUAUGAUUAUGUCGACAGUGGAUUUCACAUUGAAAUACUGCAUCAACUUGGGCAGCAUUCAUAUUCUAAUCUCUGGAUGCACUCCA